AUGCAGGCAUUGAAGGUCCUCGGGGUAUCCAGUCUUCCCUUGAGAAAUCUCGAGCUUCGUGGGGCCUUUGAUUUGGAAUGGCUUUCAUCACAACUUAUUCCUAUCUCGACAGGUCUCGAAGCUCUGACGCUAUACAAGUCACUACCACUGCCUGAAAUAUCGAGCUUGAAGGCCCUUCACCUCAGAGGUUUCAGGCUGAGUCCCGACCAGCUCGCCAAGAUCCUCCCGUCGUGUACUGGGAGUCUGAAGGCCUUCACAUAUGAAGCCACAGAUGUUACUUCCUUGCACAUUGACGAGCUUUACAACUGGCAGGUUCAGGCAAGCGAUGUUGUCAGACACCUCGAGAAGCACUGUACAAGUCUAGAGUCGCUUCAUCUUGACCUUCGCAUUCGGGCUUUUAUGAGUCGAGAUACCAAGAUAAACCCGAUGCCCCACCUGGAGAACUUCACAGCCCUACAUGAGCUGUUCCUCAACAGCGAUGCAGUGUACAACACCCAGAGUUUGGAGUCUCCGGAUGAGCAGUCCCUCACAAGUUUUCUCCCACCCAGCAUCGUGUCUCUCACUAUUGUGGAGCCAGAUUUCCCUCCACCCCCCGAACGUCUACAGAAGGGGUUGUCUGGACUGGCGAACCUCAGAAGAGAGCAGGGUCGAUUCCCCAGGCUGAAACGAGUGACGUGUGACGUCAAGAAAUUGUUUGAUGAAAGUCAUACCGAAGACUUGCUCUCACAAGUUGGUAUUGGACUUGAAUACAAAGAGUUUCCAAGAUCCGACUGGGCUUAUAAUCGGGAACGUUUGGUCGCUUCGUCGUUCAUCAGUAGCUUGUCCAUAGAUGAUGAAGACCUCCCUACUGCUUGGUUGUGA